CCCCCUUUCCUUCUCCCCUUUCCACUUCACUUCACUUCACUUCCCCUGGACCACCCUGUCUCCCAUCAUCCGCAGACUCACCACCUUCAGAACCCUCAAAAUGACUUACAAGAUCAACGUCUCGCUCAAGGACCCAAAGACCGCCGAUGCCAAGCACUAUGAAGAGGCAAAGAAGCAGGUCGAGGAGCAGGGCGGCAAGAUUGUCAACGAGUACAAGUUGAUCAAGGGAUUCACUGCCGAGUUCCCAGACGACAAGGUCCACGCUUUGGCCUCGAACGAGUUCUUGAACGUGGAGAAUGAUGGCAAGGUUACUACGCAAUGAGAGGUUGCGAUAGCGGAGUCAGACGAGUGAGAAUACGACACGAUGCUCUCGCAGGAUACGGCCUUCAUAGACGGAUAGGCCAUGAUAUACAAGAACGUUGAUUGACAGUGUGAUCUCCAGACUUCAUAUCAGGUAUGGUUGGUCUGGACACUCUCUAUAUUGACAGAGCCAAGAGCUUUAGGACGACUACCAAAGCAUUUGACCAUACUUUCGAGGAUGGUCAAGCAGUUCGUGGUCACCGUGAUUGGUAUCCUUUGUCUUGAGCAGGCAGAAAUGAAGGACAGAGGCUUUCCAUCAAUGGUCCCGCCGAGAAGGUCUUGGGAUUCUCGAUCAAGCGUAUCAUACUCGUCCACGUAUCCUAGUGCUGUGUAGGAAAUAUGCUCAUGUCAUUCCACAGGCUGCCAUGGAUGCCUGGAGAUAGCGGAGUGACCGGAGUAAUCUGGGCCUAACACGAAGCCGCGUGAAAGAAGCAGUCGUGGGCUAGGUGGUACUCUACAGACGCCUUCUGCACUUUCUGGAGGAUAUAGGUCAUGAAUAGAUUGCCCUCCAUCCCCCUACUAGACAAGAGAGCUUCCCAGGCAGCAAUACUCUCACUAUGAAUCAGACCAUUAACAACUUCAAGCAAAAGGGAAGAAGACUUCCCACGCCUUUCCAAGAACCCAUGGCACCCACAAAGCUUUCCAAGGGCAUCAGCAAGCCUCCACGCCGACGACAGACAAGUCUCAAACCCUUGCCUUCCCACGCGAUCUUCCCAACCGAGAAUACCCCCUCGAAGCCUUUCCGCAGCAGCAGCAACAGCAACAACAACACCAACAUCACCCUGCGUAUCAGCUUUCACAAAGGAAACUUCUCCCACUGGAACCCCACCACCUGGCAACCUCACACCUUUCCAGGUGUCAUCGACGCAACCAAACCUCUCAGCGACCUCCCCAAU